CUCCCCAUUCGUUCGACUCGCGACAAGGUCCAGCCUUCUCAGGACUUCCCCCAACAACUUCGACACGCUGCUCCACCAUACGCCGUACUCAGGGCCUCCAGUCCUUUCUUCGACAACGCGAACCUAGCAAUGUCCCAUCCACAAACCUACGACUUCCUAGUCGGCACCUUCAACACCCCGCAUCUGUACACUAUACGCUUCACACUUCCACCGUCCUCCUCAACUACACCCAAAUCCCCUGCAAUUCUCAAAAUCCUCCACCGCUCCUCCGCCAUCGGCUCGCAUUCUUGGCUUCACCUCAGUCCGCCCAAAUCCCACGGCACCCGCAAUCUCUAUGCCACCGCCUGGACCGACCCGCCCACGGUGGUAGCCUACGCCGUCCAUUCCUCCACGCAGAUAUCCCUACUCGGCACCGCCCAGACCAAAUCCCGAAGCGGAUACGUUUGCGCCAGCGAUGUGGCAGUGUACUCCGCCGGCGGCGCGACGGGCGAGGUCUUCUCUCUGGAUCCCGAGAGCGGGAACUUUGUGCGGUGCCCUCCAUCUUCCCGCCCAACGACGAACGGCACUCUGUCGCCGUCGUCCAGCACGAACGGCCAGUCAACAUCUCCCUCCUCCAAGUCACUCAUCCAACCCUUGCAAACGCUGUCCUUCAUCGACGCCUCCACGCAACGCGACGACGGCAGCGUAAUGGACUUUGGCGGUCUCCGCCACGGCGCGCACAGUGCCGAUCUCUCGCCCGACGGCUCGGCCCUGUACGUCGCAGACAUCGGACGAAACUGCAUAUGGACCUUUUCCAUUUCUCCCGACGACGGCAAGGCCAGCUUAGCCGAGAAACACAUCUCGCCGCGUGCCAACGACGGACCACGACACGUCUGGCCGCAUCCCUCCGGAGGCUUCGUAUACUGCCUGCAGGAGCACACGAGCAUGGUCGAUGUCUUCGCCACGAGCAACUCGGGCGCGAAUCUACAUCACGAGCAAGGCGUACGAAUCAUCCCUCCCGACCAGGACGAGGGUGAUUUCUGGGCCGAUGAAGUCCGGACAAGUCUGUCGGACGGCCAUAAGCCGAAGUAUCUUUACGCGAGCACGCGUGGCUUGACAAGCGAGAAGAAAGGGUACGUCGCCGUCUACAAAUUAACCGAGCAGGGGAGAAUUGAUACGUCGAUCCCAUCGCCCUAUGGCGAGCGCAUGAAUGGUCAUAAGGAGAAUGGCAAGGACGAAAUGUACCACGGACUGCUGUGCAUGUACGAGACUGCGACAAGUGGCGGGUGGGCGAACGCGAUCCAGCCUGGUCCGACCGUGAAUGGGGUCGAAUAUCUAGCUUUGACGGACAGUGAGGAGGGGUGGGUAUUCGUCUUGAGCUGGGACGGGCAGGACAUGAAAGAAGUUGCGAGGGCGAAGCUCGAUGAGGGUGCCGGUGCGGCGACGGCGGUGUGGCUGUGAACGCAACAAGGAGCAGUACACAUUACAGGCGUGGUGUUGGUCGCAGAAAGUCCGUCGGAUCGGUUCAAGGUUCCCAUGACUGCAAUACUGAAUGCCAUCUAGACUUGCCCAAGGUCUAUGGGAAUUUCAGUGCCAGCUCAGGUCAUCAUGCUAGACACGAGAGAUGAAAUAUGCCGUAGAGGAAGCCUUACAAACCAAUAG